AUGGAAACCGUAAAUGAAAAAAACCAAAACAAAGAUGAAAGGGAGUGGGAUGAGGACUCGGGCUCCGAGUCUGCAUCCAGUGAUGGAGCAGCGGGAGACCUCAGGGUCCCCCAAAGCAAGAAGGACCACCGAGUCGACGCCUUCCUAAAGAGGAAGAAGGACGACUUGGGGUCUUCCUCCUGUGGCCGCGGGGCCCCGGCCAAAAAGGCCGACCGGAGGCCGGAGAAGGGGAGGGUCGCUGAGGCGCCCAAGGACAAGGGAGGAGCAGCUCAACAGAGCUCCUCCGAGGAGGACUCGGCGGCCGUCGGCUCUGACCAGGAGCGGAGGGCCAAUUUCGCCAAGACGGUGGCGGCCGCGUUCAAGGGUGUGUCCCAAAAGCGCGUCAAGGCUAAUAAACAGAGGGCGAUUGACUCGGCCUCCGCCACAAUCAUUGCGGCAGCUGAAGCAAGCUUCGGCCAGGCUCCAAAGAGCGAUCUGGCCAAGCUGCAAGAGGAAGUGGCUCGUCUCACGGCCGCCCUGAACUCGCUCCUGGAGGAGAACAGGAGUCUCCGGGCGGACCUUAGAAAGAUGAGAGAGCAGGAGGCCGAACGCAGCGGGACCACUUCACAGCGGCCGCAGUCCUCCCCGGUGGAGAGCCAGGUCCUAGCCCUGGUUCGGCAGGAGAUGGCGGCCUUCCAGGCCCGUUUCUCCGUCCUGGAGGGCAGGGUCCUACGGCCUCCCCUCGCGGCGCCGAAGCCCCCAGCGGCCCAAAGGGCCUCUUAUGCGGCUGCGGCUGUAGCGGCACCCCCGCCCAGAAGGGGACCGCCGAACAAGCCACCUGUGGCGGCGCCGAGCGGGCCGCCCAGGAAGGCGGCUGCCCAGCCAAAGCCCAAGGCCGCAACAGCGGUCCAGGCGCAAAGGACCCCGGUGCCAACACCAGCACCGGUUCCGUCGUCGGCACCAGUGGCGAAACGCCCUCCGAAGCCGACUCCAUCUGCGGCCCCUACCUCUCCUGCCACUCAGUCCGAGUGGCAGGUGGUGGGGGAAAAGAAAGAGAGACGGAGGGCGGCCAAGGCGGCCAGAAAGAAGGCCCAAAGGCAGCGUCCAUAUUAUAAACCUCUUUAG